AUGGGGUCUCUAUGCAGGCUUGUGGCUGUGAGCGCGUCGCUUUUCGCGGUCGCUACAGCCCAGAUCAGGGUUCGUCUGAGCCCGUCCACCGUGAACGAGCUCGCUGAGCCCGACUUUCACACUUGGAACAUUGAGAACGAAAGCCAGAAUGCGUCCACUACGAUUGACUCUCUCGAUUUGAUCUUGUCCAGCUCGGCCGAUUCGGACUUAGAAGGAAACAGCUACAAGUAUCAGUAUACCCGGCCUGUCUCCCAUCUCGGGGAACGAGUCGUCAACCAAGGAAUCACCACCUCCAGCGACAACCCCGGGCCAAUUACGUUGACCAUCCAAGGCUUGGAGGCAGGGGAGCACACUCUCUUGACAUGGCAUAAUGCCUGGGACUCCUUAAAUUCCACCGCAACAAUUUCGGUCUCAGUGGACGGUGAAGAUAAGGCCUCAGACAUCGAACAGUCAAUUCGAGUCGACAACAUCUGGGAGGCCGCGACGUCCUAUGUGACAUUUACCGUGGACUCCGCCGAUCAAGCUGUAGAAAUUGUCUACACGCCCACCAGCGCCGAUGGACUUGUCUAUCUCAAUGGCUUCGAAAUUGACACGCCUGCCUUGAAAGAUCAGAUCUCGUUCCCUUCUCCGCCACAUCGUGAGGAGCACCUUGAGCUUGGCGAUGGGAAGAGUAUCACAGCAACAUGGAGAGCACCAUCGUCUGGCGAUUCAGUCACUUACAACGUCUACAUGGGAAAUGCAUCCGAUACCCUUGAGGUUGUAAAUGAAGGGCUGAGUGAAACCCAGGUCACCCUAUCAGGGCUGAACACAAUGGACACUUUCUACUGGCGUGUGGAUGUGAUUUCUGGGGACACCACGUACACAGGUCGGAUUUUCAUGUUUCGGCUUGCACAGCUAGCAAUCCCGGGAGCGGAGGGAUAUGGUCGCUUUGCCCGUGGUGGUCGCGGUGGUAAAGUCAUCAAAGUCACCAGCCUGGAGGAUAGCGAAGAGCCAGGAACGCUGCGCUACGCGCUGGCAGUCGCGACUGGUCCCCGGAUUGUCGUGUUCGAUGUGGGUGGAGUCAUCACGAUUGAUUCGCGCCUCACGGUGAGUGACCGCUAUGUGACCGUGGCCGGUCAAACGGCACCUGGCAAGGGCAUCGCCAUCCAAGGCCACCCGUUGGGUCUCUCUGGUGCAUCCGAUGUGAUCUUCCGGCAUGUGCGGGUCCGACCAGGAAGUAGCUCGAACGAAACGGUCGAUGGCAUGGGCAUGGCCGGAUCGAAUUACUGCAUUCUUGAUCGCUGUUCAAUGGGGUGGGCAAUCGACGAGUGCUUCUCGUCACGCACAGCCCAUAACAUCACCUUCCAGCGCAACAUGAUCUCGGAGCCCCUCAACGUCGCUGGACACAAGAACUACCCUGCUGGCACGGCUCAUGGGUAUGCAGCAACCAUCGGAGGUGACGUCGGUUCCUUCCACCAUAACCUGAUCAGCCAUGCCGAAGGUCGCAGCUGGAGCAUGGGUGGUGGUGUCGACGACAACUCGACCUUCGCUGGCCGCCUCGAUAUUCGGAAUAAUGUGGUGUACAACUUCGGUAUGGCUGUCAAUUCUAUCUCGUCUACAUUCAAUUAA